GCUGAUAAUUCCACACCACUGGGCUUUUAUGUUUUUUAAUCCCUGAGGGACUAGUAGAGAGAGACGACAACAAUGGGACGUCGUCUCUUUUCUUGUUUCAGCAAGGGUUCCUCUUCAUCUUCAUCAGGGACUGAAAACCAUGCCAAAACCAAUGGAACAGUAGAUGAAGCUCCGCUCCCCGACGGCCCAAUCAUGGUGGAAUUGUUUUCUUCCCAAGGUUGCGCGACAUCCCAGGCGGCUGAGCUUCUGUUGUCGAGGCUAGGGAGAGGCGAUUUCCGUCUUGAAGCUCCGGUGAUCGUGUUGGCUUAUCACGUCGAUUACUGGGACUAUAACGGCUGGAAAGACCCUUAUGGAUCGAGUCUAUGGACUGUAAGACAAAAAGCUUAUAUCGAAGCCUUGAAACUCGACACAAUGUUUACACCUCAGGUUGUGGUUCAGGGUAGGGCUCAAUGCAUGCCUGAUGAUGAAGAUGUUCUUUUGUCCACCUUUGCUACUGCUCCCAGAUUUCCAGCUCCAUCAUUCCAGGCGAAUUUCCAGAGGCCGACGUCGGAGACAUUGCAAGUGACACUAACAGGAGCUUUAAGGUUUAAAGCAGACAACAAUGGCGUCAAAGUAAUGGUAGCUUUAUACGAGAAUGGAUUAGUAAAUGACUGCUCUGCAGGAGAAAAUAAAGGGAAAGUUUUGUCCAAUGAUUUUGUUGUUAGAAAACUUGAAAAGCUCUGCAAUGUGGAAGACAUGGAGGCUAAAAAGACCAUCUCAGGGACUGUUACCUUCACCCUAUGGGAUGGUUUCAACAGUAACAAAUGCGCCAUUGCUGUCUUUGCUCAAAGCAGCUCCCAUCAAAUUUUUGGUUCUCAGAAAUUUCAGAUUCCUCAUCAUAUAUGAAGAAAAAAAAUAGUCAAAUUAUAUUG